ACGAAAAUGUUCGUUCAUGUUUAUUUUUCUCACGUUACGCGUUUGCGAUAAAUAGAGCUUCCAGAACCAAAAUCGCCCAAUUCCGAUCCGAUUCCACCGUAAUCAUCGGAUCUUUCUUCAACCGCCGUCUAUCGCCGCUCGUUUCCACCGUUCUCGCCGGAAUUCUUUAUGCUGAUGAAAUUGUGAAACAAUGAAUAGUGCUCGAGCUUUCAAGUAAAAUGUCAUGAACUACAUGUGUUUGUAUCCUUGAAGGUUGAGCUAACUUAAACAGGAUAAGGAUGUUUUCGUUAUUUUACGGAUUUUGGCAGUACAUGUUCAGCAAGUUAGAGCUUCAUGUACUCAUUUUAGGAAUUGACAAGGCUGGCAAAACGACUUUGCUUGAGAAGAUGAAGUCAGUGUACUUGAAUGUAGAAGGCCUUCCUCCUGAUCGAAUUGUUCCAACUGUGGGAUUGAAUAUUGGUCGAAUUGAAGUGGCAAAUAGAAAACUUGUGUUCUGGGACCUGGGAGGUCAGCUUGGUCUUCGCUCAAUCUGGGAGAAAUAUUAUGAAGAGGCACACGCUGUAGUGUUUGUUAUAGAUGCAUCUUCUCCCUCACGAUUUGAAGAUGCAAAGUCCGCACUUGAAAAGGUGCUUCGACACGAGGAUCUCAAAGGAGCCCCUCUAUUGAUAUUAGCAAACAAGCAAGAUCUUCCUGACGCAGUAUCAUCUGAAGAACUUGCUCGGUAUCUAGAUUUAAAGAAGCUGGAUGAAAGAGUUUACAUGUUUGAAGCUGUGUCAGCAUAUGAUGGGCUGGGGAUCAGGGAAAGUGCAGAAUGGCUAGUGGAAGUGAUGGAGAGAAGCAAGAGAACUGAAAUGUUGAGAUUGCGGGCAGGUGCAAUGGGUCCAGGUUCUGCCUAGAGAUCCUGACAUUAAACUAAAAUGACUACUCCAUUCAUUUAUAGUUUUGUAUAUCCAAAUUGGGAAGUACAUGAUUAGAAGUCAGUAAGAAGAAAAAGGAAACGAACAACUUGGUGCUACAUUAGACUGAGCCGUGAAAUUACAUCAUGGUUUAACUUGUAAUAUCUCUGUUUCAUAUGAGGCUCAGUCUCCAGUAUCACAUGGAGCAAGUUUUCUUCAGACAUGCCCUAUAUAAUCAAUCUGUCAAGUGCUUGGGCUGAAGGGUUUUCUUCUUCUGCCUCCUCACAUCCUUUUGUCAAUGUCAAUUCUAGAUUUAAAUUUCCUAUUUGAAUUUGAAUAAGUUUAAUUUACUUUCCUUCCUGUAGCAUUAUAUGGACACUGCACUGCAUUACAGACCCAGGUUGUCUGGUAUGGUAUUGUGUAAAAUACAAGUUAUGAAGUAGAUAAACUUGGGGUGUAGUUGAAUUUUGUGAGAGGAGUCUGAUUGGGGGAGCUACAUACAUGUUUGAUUAUUAUUUUUUUAGUAAAAAAGAUUUUGAUUUUCA